UGUUUCACUAUUUCUAGAUCUAAUUCAUCAUCACCACUUAAAAGAGUAUACAAAACAAAAUGUCUAGUUUUGUAUGUCUUGUUGUUGUUUUUGUUCUUAUAAAUAUAAAUAAUACUCGUAAUGUAGUAGCAUUCAGUGAAUACUCUAGUAGUGAUGAUGAUGUUGAUACUAAUAAAUAUACCAGAAAUGAUUUCGCUAGUGAUUUCGUUUUCGGUGCCGGUACUUCCGCUUAUCAGGUUGAAGGAGCGGUACUAGAAGAUGGGAGGACUUAUAGUAUUUGGGACACUUUUGCGCAUUCAGGCUUCUACAAUGGAGCAAACGCGGAUGUCACAUGUGAUGGGUACCAUAAAUACAAGGAAGACAUUCAACUCAUUGCAGACACAGGUUUGGAAGCAUUCAGAUUUUCUAUCUCUUGGUCGAGGCUGAUCCCAAAUGGAAGAGGAUCCAUUAAUGCAAAGGGAUUACAAUACUACAACAAUUUCAUCGACGAGCUUAUCAGCUAUGGGAUACAACCACAUGUUACAUUACAUCAUGAUGAUCUACCCCAAAUUCUUGAAGAUGAAUAUGGAGGAUGGAUUAGUAAAAAAGCAGUGAAAGACUUUGUUGCAUAUGCAGACUGUUGCUUCAGAGAAUUCGGUGAUAGAGUUUUGCACUGGACUACGUUUAAUGAAGUAAACGUCUUUACUUUGGGUGGUUAUGAUUUAGGCUUCACACCUCCUGGACGUUGUUCUCCAUUUGGGAUUCUCAACUGUACCAGAGGCAACUCUACAUAUGAACCAUACCUUGCAGCUCACCAUUUGCUGUUGGCACAUGCAUCAACUGUAAGACUGUACCGGAAAAAGUAUAAGGCCAUGCAACAUGGUUUUGUUGGAAUAAAUAUUUUUUUCUAUUGGUUUGAACCUUAUACAAAUACUAAGGAAGACGUGGAAGCUACCCAAAGAGCCAAUGACUUCUAUGUGGGUUGGUUUUUGAAUCCCUUAGUAAACGGGGACUACCCAGAAAUAGUGAAGAAGAAUGCAGGCACCCGCGUGCCAUCUUUUACAAAACUAGAAUCAGAGAGAAUUAAGGGUUCAUUUGACUUUGUUGGCAUAAACCACUACUCCUCAUUAUAUGUCAAGGACAACCCAAGCAGUCUUGAAAUGGAUGUCAGGGACGUUGUUGCAGACAUGGCCGCAACAAUAAUAUUCGAUGGAAUCCUAACACCAACUCAGUUUCCGGUGGCUCCAAUGGGACUCCAAAAGAUCCUUAAAUACCUAAAAGAAGAAUAUGGAAAUCCUCCUGUCUACAUUCAUGAAAAUGGCCAAGUACAACCGCGUAAUGGAACAUUGAAUGACACUCCAAGGAUAGAAUACUUGCAGGCGUAUAUUGGUGCUUUGUUGGAUGCACUAAGGAAUGGUUCAAACACGAAAGGAUACUUUGUUUGGUCUUUUCUUGAUCUUUUUGAGCUGUUAGAUGGCUAUAAUACUGGUUAUGGUUUGUACUACGUCGAUAUGUAUGACAAGGAGUUAACACGAUAUCCAAAGCUUUCUGCACACUGGUAUGCCAAUUUUUUGAAAGGGAAGAACAUGAGUGGCAUUUUGCCAAAUGUAGAUGCAAUAGACUCUUUCUAAUGUUGUUGUUACACAUACCGUGCAUACAUUUUUGGCUCUAUUACUUCCAUUAAUUGGCACAUACUUGUGAGUUUUGCUUUAUUCAUUCCUACUCUCCAAAUUCACCGACGGUUAUUUGUAUUGAUAUUUUUCUAAGUGAUUUUUUGUAUUUGAUUA